CCGCUCCGCGGAGAAUUGUCGAGCAGAACGCGUUGGUCCGUUUGGAAGAAAUCACGUUCUGCGACUGUGAGACUCUCGCGCGACGAACAUGUGCCGGGACAAUGAGAGCUUCUGGUGGCGAUAGGCCGGGACCCGAGAAUGGCGAGUGCCCCUCGAUAGGGCCUUGGUGUUUAGUGCAAAGUGCUCUUUGGUGCCCUCGCGAUGGCCGCGGUGAAGAAGUGCAGUUUGAUCCUGCCGGGGUUUAGAACCACCUCCUGCCUCACCGUGGUGCUGCUGGUCUGCAUGGAGACCAUCUUCCUGUGCACGCAUUCCACCUGCUCGAAGACGUUCCACGUCCACUGGAACACCAGCGAUAGCAUAUUUCGUAUCGACAACACUGACCACAUCAUCGACGUAAAUAGGGGCAACGCCCAAUUUGAAUACGACCAAGUGAAUAUCAUCUGCCCGGUGUACACACCGGGAACUUACGGGGACGAUCUCGAAAAAUACAUUAUCUACAACGUGUCAAAGGAGGAGUACGAGACGUGCCGAAUCACGAACCCUAAUCCCAGGAUCAUCGCCAUUUGUGACAAACCGUACAAACUGAUGUACUUCACGAUCACAUUUAGGCCCUUCACACCUCAACCUGGCGGACUAGAAUUCUUGCCCGGCAAGGAUUACUAUUUUAUAUCGACGUCGUCCAAAGACGACCUCCAUCGGCGAAUCGGGGGGCGCUGCACUACGAACAACAUGAAAAUCGUCUUCAAAGUGUGCUGCGCCCCUGACCUCAGCCAAAACAAUUUCACGACUAAAUUAACAUCGACUUCUUCAACGACGCUGGGAUGGCCCGACGUGCACCGACCGGCAGUGGAGGUGACGUCGUCGUCCACCACGCAAUGGGUAGCCAGGACGGAUGCACCAUCCACUAGGAAACCUACAAAGAAAAUGAACGAGUACGAGAAGCAUCCGAACGAGGUGAUGAAGAACGAAGAGUUGACGUACAGCAAGGGAGUUUGGUUGUCGGCGGGUCCUCCAAGUUUUCUAGUAGUCAUUGCUUGUAUAGCCGUCAUUCGAUGGCGGUGAGCUAAAAGACGGGGACGGGAGCGGGGACUGGUCUCUAGCUCUACGUUCACACAUGUUGACACUUAUCUGUAAAAUACUGUAAAUUAUUACAUGACGUGUCCGCGAGUGCGUGAAAAACGGCGACACUCUAAAUAGUUUUGUUUAUAAGACUCUUGCGCAUAAAAGCCAAUUUUUGUAGAUAAAAAUAGUGCGUUAAUUUAAGUGCUACGAAUUUUUUUUCAGCGCAAAGCUGGUGUGAUAAAAGUAUUAAAAGACUCAAAGAGACUUUUCUAUCUAAUUACUUCUCGCAGCCACGUAAAAUAAUUGUGCAAUUUUAAUUUUUAUCAACUAAAAGCGGUCUAGCUUCUUCUCCGAAACGCGAGUAGUAAUUAGAUGUGUUCGUAUGUGUACAUAAAAGUGAUAUUAUUGUCAUUGAAACGCUUCUUGUAGUCCUUAAUAAUUCCCAAAAAUCCGACUGAAACACUUAAAAGUUUGGGAAUUGCAAAUGAUGGUAAUAACGACAUCGAUUUUUGUCCGCAGUCGAAACGUAUGAUGAGUUUUGUUUUAUUUUACUCUCGUUACCAAUUUACGGAAGGUGUUAUUUGGUUCUUCCACUCUUCAAGUACUUAACUACUUAACUUACAUUCCCACUAAUUUUAGGUUUUGUUUACUCAAUUUACAUACUUCGAGGUCUAAAUUUGUUUUAUCCGAGCUUUUGGGUGUGUCUGUCCUAAAGUGUAUUUUAUUAUACAUCAGAUAGUUAGUGUGUGUCGUUUAGCAAAGACUUGUAUAAAGUGUAGAGCGUACGUGUUAUAAAUAUUAUAAAAUUGUAUGUUCAUUUAAUGGAUGAAAUAUUUUGUACUUCUCUUAAAAAUUGUGUAAACAAUGCAGUGUAAAAGUAAAUGGUUGUCUGAUCAGAAUUGUCAGAGCUCUACAGUAGUUCAUAUGAAACAUCAGUGUAGGAUGUCGAUGACGUAUGUAUAUCGCCAUCUCAAUUGUUGGGGCCAACCGAAAAUUACCAAAUCAAGUGCUCCAAUGCUUUAAACAAUGAACCCGCACUUGAUUCGAGUAAUUUCACGAAUCUAUAAUAGUUUCUUCACAGUAUUAUAUUUCAUUGUGCUUUUCCUUAUGCAAUAAGUUUUGUGUUGUACCAUUCAUGUUUUCAUAUCCUUGGUGUCUAUCUAAUUUACCUCACGUUAACAUGGGUGCAUUACUAAUAGCACUUGUUAUCAAGCCAGUAUUUAUUUUACUCUACUUAACAACAUUACCAUUUCCCGAAACCAUCCAUCGUGCAUCUAUCAUUCGAGCGUAAUUUUUAUAAACGUUUAACCCGAUGUCAUGUUGUGAAGCAUCCAAAACCCAUAUAACCCGAUGCUUACAAAAUAUUAAUGUAUCGAUAAAAACUUACCGACUAAAUUGAAAAUGAUUCAUCCAGUAUAAAAUAUCUCUUCAUGAUGCCUUGUUGUAUUUAUGUCGCUGAUAAUUUAAAAACGUCGAUCUCAGACCAGAGAAAUAUUUUGUUAAUUAAACAACAACUCGCCACGUGAAUCUUUCGUCCACUUACAAAUCGGCGUUUUUAACUUAUCUGUGAAAUUAUAUGGACUAGAAGUAGGACUGUAGAGGCACUGAGAAUAAACAGGUACACAAAGUAAA